CCCCGGGAGGCUCCGCCCCUCCGCUCGGUCCGGACCUCUGCGCGGCCGCUAGGGACUCGGCGGCCAUGGCGGGACCCGGCGCCCCCUGCGAUCCCCGCGCGCCCGCCGCCGUCUGGAAGCGCCACAUCGUGCGGCAGCUGCGGCAUCGGGACCGCACGCAAAAGGCGCUCUUCCUGGAACUAGUGCCGGCUUAUAACCAUCUCCUAGAGAAGGCUGAACUGCUAGCCAAGUUCUCAGAAAAAUUGAAGUCAGAGCCAAAGGAUGUCACCUCCACCCCACGUCAGGACUCUAGGGAGAAGGUCUCAGAGACAGGCCCUGGCCAAGUCUCAUCGCCAGCUUCUCUGAGGGUGAAGUGGCAGCAGGAGAAGAAGGGGCUGCAGCUGGUCUGUGGUGAGAUGGCCUACCAGGUGGUGAAGAAGAGCGCAGCCCUAGACACCCUGCAGUCACAGCUGGAGGAGCGGCAGGACAGGCUGGAAGCCCUGCAGGCCUGCGUGGUGCAGCUACAGGAGGCACGGGCUCAGCAGUCCCGGCAGUUGGAGGACCGGCAAGCGGAGAACGCGGCGCUGAGAGAAGCCUACAAGACGCUGCUGGAGCAAGCUGCGCACCAGGAGGCUGCACUGCGCAGGCUCCAGGAAGAGGCACGCGACUUGCUGGAGCAGCUUGUGCAGCGUAAGGCGCGCGCCGCUGCUGAGCGCAAUCUACGUAAUGAGCGUAGAGAAAGGGCUAACCAGGCUCGAGUGUCCCAAGAGCUGAAGAAAGUGGCUAAGCGGACUGUGAGCAUCAGCGAAAUCCCAGACACUCUAGAAGAUGGGACCAAAGAGGAGGCUCUAGCUCCUGCCGCUAUGCCCGAGUUCUUGGAGAGUGAGACUUGUGAAAAGAGGAAGAGGCCUUUCAGGUCUGCCUCGGCCACCUCCCUGACACUGUCCCGCUGUGUGGAUGUGGUGAAGGGGCUUCUGGACUUCAAGAAAAGACGAGGUCACUCAGUUGGGGGUGCGCCUGAGCAGCGGUACCAAAGCAUCCCUGUGUGUGUGUCUGCCCAAAUUCCUUCCCGGGCUCAGGAUGUCUUGGACGCUCAUCUCUCUGAGGUCAAUGCUGUUUGUUUUGGCCCCAACAGCAGCCUCCUGGCCACUGGAGGGGCUGACCGGCUUAUCCACCUCUGGAAUGUUGUAGGAGGUCGCCUGGAGGCCAACCAGACCCUUGAAGGAGCUGGUGGCAGCAUCACCAGUGUGGAUUUUGAUCCCUCGGGCUCCCAGGUUUUGGCAGCUACUUACAACCAGGCUGCCCAGCUCUGGAAGGUGGGAGAGACACAGUCUAAGGAAACGUUGUCCGGACACAAGGACAAAGUGACAGCUGCCAAAUUCAAGCUAACAAGGCACCAGGCAGUGACUGGGAGCCGAGACCGGACAGUGAAGGAGUGGGACCUGGGCCGUGCCUACUGUUCCAGGACCAUCAAUGUACUUUCCUACUGCAAUGACGUGGUGUGCGGGGACCACAUCAUCAUCAGUGGCCAUAAUGACCAGAAGAUCCGGUUCUGGGACAGCAGGGGCCCUCAUUGCAUCCAGGUCAUCCCUGUGCAGGGCCGGGUUACCUCCCUGAACCUCAGCCAUGACCAGCUGCAUCUGCUUAGCUGUUCCCGAGACAAUACACUCAAGGUUAUCGACCUUCGAAUCAGCAAUAUCCGACAGGUGUUCAGGGCAGAUGGCUUCAAGUGCAGCUCUGACUGGACCAAAGCUGUGUUCAGCCCUGAUGGAAGCUACGCACUGGCAGGCUCCUCAGAUGGCACCCUGUACAUCUGGGAUGUGAACACCGGGAGAUUAGAGACCAGCCUACAGGGACCCCACUGCACUGCUGUCAAUGCCGUCGCUUGGUGCUUCUCCGGGAACCAUGUUGUGAGCGUGGACCAAGGCAGGAAGGUGGUGCUCUGGCACUAAGUGGCACAAGUUCCCUGUAUGGGUUGGACUCUGUUCUGAAGCCAGAAGCCAGAAAGCAGCUUCCCUCUGCUUGGGACUCCAGAGCUGGGGUUGGGGUCUUCUGUAGAAUUCAUGUGAGGGCCAGGCAGGACCUGGCCUGCUUGUUAAAAAUCAAAGUGUGGGUUAGGAACUACAGUUUUGUUUUGUUUUGUUUUUUAAAUCUAUUUGUUUACUCUUCUCAGUGUUAAAAACUGUAUCUAAGCCAUGUCUUGCCUCUUUGAAGCCUUUGAGGGUACAGAGACACUUAGACUUGGCCUCCUCUUUUUCCAUAGAGCUAGGGCGUUGUAGUAGAGCUUCUGUCUGGGAGAUGGGCUGUUCUAGUCUAACCGUGGGAUAACAUGAAGAAAGGCCCAUGCACGGGCAGCAAAGAGCAGCUUUUCAUCUAGGGAGUGGCCCUGAUGGAAAGGGUGAAUAAACUAGAGUGACACUGGAAUAGCUGGUAGUGGCCUGCCUGGAGCCUGGGACCAUGGCCUGAGCUGUAGUCCUAUCCUGGUUGAUAGGUGGCCUCCUCCUGCCACUAUCUCCCUCCCCUGUAUGUUACCUCUGCCCCUUGCAGCCAAAGUGCCAGUCUCUGGGGCUACUGUGCUUAGUGUUCCUCUCUAAAGGUGCCUUCACUCCCCUAGUCUUGUCCUCACCAGAGCACAGAGUUUCCUUAGCUUUUGUUGUUAUUUAGACAGGGUCAUGUUAUGUAACCCUGUCUAGUCAGGCACACAUGCAAUAGCUCAGAGUAGGCUCAGGACUUGUAGAAAUCUGGCCUUAGCCUCUGUGCUGGGAUGGCAGGCACUGACUGUCCCAGCCCUCACCAUCUAGGGUGUCAUGGUCAGCAUGGUCAGAAGCCCCUUUCUGCCUUCAGAGAAGUUCAGCACGUUGGUCCUACACAUGCUUCUUCCUCUGCCUUCAAUGUCCUUGUCUCUCCCAAUGGCAAUUCAGGUUAUCUUUUGGGAUCCCUUUCUUGAUAACCUAUCCUCACCUGUCAGGCUCAGUAAGAGGCCUUGGUCUCCUACUUCCAGUUUGCCUCCCUUCUCAAAACUGGGAGCAACUGUGAGAGGAGGAACAGGAUUCCCUGCCUCCAGUCGUGCUCAGAAACCACAGGAAAUACUUUCAGGGUGGUCAUAUUCUCUUGCUUUGCAAGUUCAACAGUCAAAGGUUCCAGGGUUGGGACAUUCCAGCCACUCAGCCUUGGCCCAUCCCCUUGGCAUAGCUCUCAGUGGCCACCAGGGGUCACUAGUUUCCUGGUCAGCAGUAGGUUUUUGUUUGUUUGUUUGUUUGUUUGUUUGUUUGUUUCUGCCUUUCUUCUGGGAAAGGCUAACACACCCAGUGGCCACCAUUACUGAGCAUCAUUCAGACCUCGGUCUUGCUCUGCUUUCUGCAGCUUUAUUUGUUCCUCUUAAGCACUUGUGAUGGAUCAUGUUCUACAAGUGAGAAGAGAGAGGCUUGAAGGCUGUCAUUCAAGGUCACACAGCUAUACAUAGCUGAAUGGCUCCACAUCACACCUUGCAGCCUUUUAUUUUGAAACAUAGCCUCAAAAGUACUCAUUUCUGUAGCUGAGUGUGACCUCCUUCCUGCCUGUGCCUCCACCUCCCAAGUGCUGCUAACAUAGAUGUAUUGGAGACUGGAACCCUGGGGCUUUGUGUGGGUCAGGAAAGCAAUCUACAAACUGCAUCUUCAACCCACAUCCUCUCUUCUUAUAGUUAUUUUAUGUGUUUGAAUAUUUUGCCCGCAUGUAUGUGUGUGCUUGGUGGCCACAGAGGACAUUUUAAACUGAAGUUAUGGAUGGUUAUGAGCUGUCAUGUGGCUUCUGGGAACUGAACCCAGGUCCUCUACAAGAGCAGCAAAUGCUCUUAACCUAUGAGUCAUUUCUCUAGCCCCUGCACCACAAAACCAAAAUUUCAAGAGACAGAGGCUUUCAACUGGGCAGGGCUUUUCCAGCAGGGGUACACAGAGCUGUGCCUAACCUGACUCUCCCAGAUGUUCUUCCACCUUAAACUCUGAGCUGAAGAUUAUCUCUGGAGGCUGAGAUGUGAGAGUGAGUCCUAGGAGGCCGCUGUUCCAGCCACAGCAUCUGGGCCAAGUCCCUCCAGAUGUUUCCAUCAUACCUCAGGCAGUAGUGAACUCUAUUUUAAUGACCCAUAAGAGUUAUGUAGGAAAUGUGACUCACUCCUGGGUACAGGGACCCCUCUGCCCUUUCAGUUUUCCUGAGGGAGCUCAUGUGAACCUUUGAGGAAGAGCCAAGGCCAGCAGAGGAGAUUCUUAGGGUUCCUAAUAAAAAUUGGAACGGCC